AUGCCUAAUAAAAAUCAGAAAAUUCGGAACAUAAGGUUUGCUCAUUUGGACGCAGUACUCUCUGAAAAUCUAUACACUAUCCGUUGUCAUGGUGGCAAAGUCACAGAAAUAUGGUUCCAGGAUAGCGAUCUGAUUGAUUCAAAUGCCAAGGAUGCUGAUAUCCUAGUCGAACAGGGGCACAGACUCUGCCACUCUCAUAUCCACUUAGACAAGUGUUAUAUCAUUGAUAAGGGUGCUCCUCUCAUCACAGGUGACUUCUCAGAAGCUCUUCAAGUAACGUCCGAUGUCAAAGCCACCUUCAAAAAUCAAGCAGAUGAUCUAUAUGCACGAGGCGACAAGCUAAUACGCUCCAGCGUUGGAGCUGGCGUGACGCAUAUGCGUGCACACGUCGAAAUCGACAGAACUGUUAAAGACAUUUGUCUUUCGACUGGAGUCAAGCUGAAAGAGGCUUGGAACGGCAUUUGUGAUGUACAACUAUGUUUGUUCGUGCAAGAUCCUAUCUUUGAUAAACCUGAAGACGACGUACCAGGGUCAAAUGCACUUAUAUGCAACGGAGUGCUGGAACAUUACUCAAAAUCUAUCGACGCCAUUGGAUCUGCCCCAUACGUUGAGCAAACUCGUGCUCAACAGCAAGCAAAUAUCGAAUUCAUUCUCGACCUCGCAACGCAGUACCACCUUCAUGUUGACUUCCACAUUGACUACGACUUAUCUCCAGUACCUGCAGAGACGAAUUCCGACAAGACACCUCUAGUCUACUUCCUCAUUUCUAAACUGCACGAGAUACACUGGACAGAACGUAUGCCUGAUCGAGUAAUCACAUUGGGCCAUGCAACUCGAUUAUCCCUCUUCACUCCAGACCAGCUAUUCGAUCUCCGUACACGUAUUGGCUCAUUACCCAUCCACUUUGUUGGCUUACCGCAAAGUGACUUGUACAUGAUGGGACGUGAUUCUGGUGAACGUGGUACUCUGAACAUAUGUAAACUGGGGAGGGAGUACGAUUUGGCUGUAGCAAUGAGUGUGAAUAACGUUGGGAAUGCAUUCACUCCACAGGGUACGCCGGAUCCACUUUCAUUGUGUCCCCUUGGUGAAGCAGUCUCUGUAGGGUCGAGACAAGCCAUUGGCCUCAACAACGGCAGGGACACAGGCUCUCUUAUACCGAUUAUAGGCUCUCCUGCGGAUUUCGUCCUCCUGCAUGGAAAUCAUUCGCUACAGUCUGCUGCUCUCGAACCAUGUUACGAUCGGACAACCAUUAGGAAUGGCCGUAUAGUCGCUUCACGAAGGAGUACAAACUUGUGUAUUCAUUGA